AUGCCACGUAGGAAGUCGCGCUUCGGGUGCCGAAACUGCAAGCUCCGGAAAAUCAAGGCGAUUCAGUGUGACGAGACCAAGCCGCGAUGUAACAAAUGCACAGAUUACAAGAUACUGUGUAAUUUUACUAUCGGUGUCCCAGACUUACAGGUAUCAGCAGACGGGAUGGCCAGUCAUCGUGGCUCGGCGAGUGUCCUCUCUCCGCCGUCAUCGCUGCCCGUCAUUUGUUCGGAUGCAUCUUACAGCUUUAGAUUGGAUUCGGACUCCUUGAUGAAGCUAGAGCAAUUUCGCUCGGACAUUAUUCAACCUUUUAGUGUGUCGCCGGCCCAAUGCAACUCAUCGGUCCCCAUUCUUACAGCACAGCACCCGUACUUGAUGCACGCCAUGCUUGCAGUUGCCACAGCUUUCAGGCGGGCACAACACGACGUCGCACGUGGGUGCCGAACACAGACGGAGAUACAUCAUACUCUUCAAUGCAUUCGCCUCUUUAAACGAAAGCUGUCACAGCUGGUCGCAGCGCCGGACCAAGACGCUCUCUGGGCCACCUCAGCGCUGCUCGGCCUCAUAGCCAUUGCAUCGUUUGAGGAGACGAAUCCUGAAGAUGCUUGGCCUGUCCGACCUGCGCAUGCUUCCGAUCUUGAGUGGAUGCGGCUAACCGUCGGGAAACGUAUCAUAUGGACCUUGACCGACCCUCUGCGCACGAACGGGUUGUUUCGAGCCAUGGCAUCUGAAUACGCAGAUAUGGAAUUUCCAAUACCUGAAAAUGGCAUAGCUGGAAUUCCAUCUUCUUUGAUAAAGGCGUGCAAUCUUACCGAGACAAGCAACAGCGAUAACAACCCGUAUUAUGCCGCAGCUCAUUUGCUCGUCUUGUUAUCGAGGCUACAAUUGCUUUCAGGCGGUAGUUUUCCGGGAAUUUAUAUGAUAGCCUUCAUAAGUCAGUCUCAGUUGCGCUUCAGAAGAUUGCUGGAAGUCAAAGACCCCGUGGGUCUGCUCCUCCUUGCGCUAUGGUAUCGGGAAGCUGGGAAGGCAUUAUGGUGGGUAAGGCAGCGAGCUGAGAUUGAAACACAAGCUAUUCGUAUAUACCUUGAGCGGUUCCAUUACAAUAGACCUGGAAUCAUCCACUUGUUGCCUUGAUAGCCGAUUGUCUGGUUAAUGUGUGUAUCGAA